ACUGACACCCCCACCCUCUCUCCCCCCUCAGCAUCUCUCCUCUCUCUCAUCUGUAAUGGCAAAAACCGAAAAAACUAAGAAACUCAAGACCGCCAAAAAACCAGAAACCACCACCAAACAGAAACCGCUAAAGAAACCCAAACUCAAGAUACGAAAAACCAAACCCCUCCCUUCAGACCCUGCCGAUCUCUCAACCCUUCUCGAACCCUACACAAAAGACCAAUUAAUCGACCUAAUUACCAACUCUGCCAUUAAGAACCCCUCUUUGUAUUCUCUAAUUCAUCAACACGCCGACCGCGAUGUCACUCACCGGAAUGUUUUUGUCCACGGCUUCUCCUGGGACACAACGCGCCAAGACCUCGUAUCUGCCUUCGCCGCCUUCGGAGAAAUCGAGGAAUGCAAUGUUGUAAUUGAUAAAGCAACAGGUAAAGCAAAAGGCUAUGGUUUUGUCUUGUUUAAAUCGCGAAAAGCUGCGAUCUCUGCGUUGAAGGAAACGAAAAGAAUGGUUAAUGAUCGGAUGGCUAGUUGUCAAUUGGCUUCUGUAGGAUCUGCUAAUGCGGCCUCGGCGGCCAAAGGGAAGGAAUUGGAGGGUGGGGUGAGGAAGAUAUUUGUGAGUAAUGUAGGAAUGAGUACUGAUAAGGAAAAGUUGAGAGCUUUCUUUGAGAAAUUCGGAGAAAUUGAGAAUGGGCCAAUUGGGUUUGAUAAGGAGACUGGGAAGUCAAGAGGUUAUGCUUUGUUUGUUUAUAAGACCGUGGAGGGAGCCAUAAAGGCAUUAGAGGAGCCUCAUAAGAUAUUUGAAGGGCAGCAAUUGCGUUGCUCGGUCGCGACAGAAGGAAAAAACAAGACUAAUCAAAAUGUGGCGCAGGGAAUGCAGCAGGUGGUACAGCAGCAGCCGGUGCAUCAACAGCCUCAAGGGCAGUUUUUGGCAGCGGCGCAGAAUCUGGCAUUGUUUGGUCAGCAUCCUGGGUUUAAUCCACUGUAUAGCGCAUUGUUGGGGAGCACAGGUGUUGGUGGUGGCAUGAUCAGUCCAGUAAUCGGCCAGAGUAUGGUGCCAACUGCGACGAGUCAAGUGGGGGGAUUGGGAGUUGGGAGCCAGUCAACACUGGAGGCAUAUAGGGCUGCGCAAGUGUUGCAGCAUGUUUAUUCGAGCACUACGCAGAUUGGGCAGACAGGGAUGGGUAGGGGUCAGGGGGCUGGUGGAUCAUUUACCGGCUAUCCAAAAUAUAUGUGAUGAUUUGCUGUGAGCUUGAGGAAAAAUGUUCAUGCUCCUUGGGGAAUUUUAUCUAGGAGAUAAUGUGCAUCAUUUGCUAGGGGGGAAUUUGAAGUGGGAAUAUUUCUAUAGUUGAUAACGUUAAGCUAGCCAAGUUGACUGAACUUUGUGAAGUAUUUCUGAUCUUCUUUAUCUUAAUCUUUCUCUUCCUAGCCCUUAUCUUCUUUGACAUAACUCAUAAGAAUUGAUACUUUUUAUUUUUCUAUAAGACAUAUAAUUAUUGAUAUUUUGGUUA